AUACAUUGACACGAAAACAUGGCGGACGUGGAAGCAACUAAGUCUUUGAGCGGACUGUUAAGCGGAAUAGCUCAGCAAGUGUAUUAUAACAACAGCGAAAUCACGGAGGAGCUGCUGAACAGUGAGUUAUACCCCGAGCUGUCGCAGGAGCAGUUCAAGGCCCUGCAUGAGAAAAUGAAAGGCCUCCUAAAGUCCAUCGCCACAGCAGACAUGGACCCCGCCCAGCUGGAGGCCUUCCUCACAGCGCAGACCAAGAGGCAGGGCAGCGGCGGGGUGACCGCCGAGCAGGCCGCCGCCCUCUCUCGCUUCUGGAAGAGCCAGCGAGUCCGAGUGAGGGAGAGCUUGCUGGCUCAGAGCCGCUGGGAGCCCGGCCUCAGGGGCCUCUCCUGGAGGGUGGACCUCCAGACCGCGGCCAGCCGGGGGGACGCAGCCCACAGCGGCCCCGUGGCCCUGAUGGAGCUGGAGCUGGGCAGAGCCGGACAGGACUCUGAGUUUGUGUGUCUGGAGUUCGAUGAAACCAAAGUGAACCAGGUGCUGAAGAAGAUGGCUGAUAUCCAGGAGAGCAUUGACAGAAUCGUUCACCGCACAUAGAGACCCUGUGUGUGUGUGUGUGUGUGUGUGUGUGUGUGUGUGUGUGUGUGUGUGUGUGUGUGUGUGUGUGUGUGUGUGUGUGUGUGUGUGUGUGUGUGUGUGUGUGUGUGUGUGUGUGUGAGUGAGAGUUUUUCUCUCAGACAGCGAAGCAGCGCGGUGUGAUUCUGACACCGAGAGAGACGAGGUCUGACCGACUCCAGCUGUUUUCUCGUGGCAGACCCGUGUUUGCCAGAGUGGCUCCAUCGUGGCUUCGGCACAUGCAUACAGAGUCAGAACGGACAAACUGUAAGAUAUAUAUGAUCAUCACACACAUGAUUCACAUGUGAUUUUGAAGGGCCUCACUUGUUCAUGGACCAAAAGUUCUGUUUAUUUCUUUUUAACCUCCCAUUAACUCAAAGGGCUGGACUGUUUUAGGUUCCUCUCUGACCAUAGCGGCAAAAAACUAAAUGCAGCACAUCGGGCCGAUCUUCCGGCAGCACCGGAGCAAUUCCCUAAAAUAAAUCCUCAUCGAUAUAUAGACUACUUAGGCAUCAGUGCAUGGGAAAAUAGGGUCAAAGUUGGAGAUAAAAAAAGGAAAUUACCCUUUAAUACUUUGCACAACUCAUGCAAGUUAAGCAUUCAAAGCUCAGCUGACAAAGUCUUGGUCAAAGGUUGGACUGAUAAAGCCUGGCCUGUUGAAGACACUUCAGAGCUGUCCUGUUCCUUUAAACCACGCGUGUCACUUUAGGUUCCCAAUACAUUUUGGCCCGCCUAGAUUUCGUCACUUUUUCAAAGUUUUGUCGCCUUUUUCUGAAGUUUUUGUGACUUUUUCUGACUUUUUUUUCCAGCGGUUAUUUC